UAUUACAGUAAACAACAUUCCACGUAAACCGUUGCACAAUACCAUUUUCUAUUUGUUGAUGUAGAAUAUGCAAGUUGUCUGUUAAUAAAUUUUAUAUUUAUUUUUAAUUAAUUUUUUUUUUAUUAACAUGAACAAUCAUUUGAUGACUGCCAGUAAAACUCCAUGUGGUAGAUCAACUGCAUACUUGGAGUAUAGUAACUUAAUAAAGGAAAUAAACAAUUAUAUGCCUGAAUUCAAUGCAUCUAUUAAAGACUUACAAGAACCGUCUCAAACUUUUGUAACGCAAUUUUACACAGAUGUGUUCAGAGAAUUUUUUUGCAAUGUGAUGAACCUGACAGACAUUCCAGCUUUUUUAAAUCUAACAUACAUUGAAAUGUACAACGAAACAGUACCAAUAGUGCAGAUGUGUGAAGCGUUAAGAUUUAUGUUUACAAAAUUAGGUGUCGAUGAUUUUGGUUUAAAUGAUAUUUGUGAUCCAAAUCCCAAGAGAACUUAUAAAUUAUUACAAACAAUGAUAAAUUUUAUCAAGUAUAGCGAUGAAAAAAUUAGUCAAACAGAUGAAAAAAUGAAAAGAGUCAGAAAUUUGAAGAUUAUAGAAUAUAAUUUAAAGAAACAAAAAGAGUUAUUGAAAAGUUCUAUAAAUCAUAAGAAGUUAUUAUUUAAAAAGUAUAGUGAAGAAAUAAAUAAUCUAACUGAGGAUCUAAUUGAAAGUAAAGCAGAAUUGAAGCAAUUUUUACUGCUCAAAGAACAUGCUUCAAAAGAGAUGGAUGAUGUGAAGCAAGAACAAGAAUCAAUUGAAAAAAGUAACAAAUAUUUCAUUGAACAAAAAAAUAGUUUAAUAAAAGAUAUAAAUAAACUCCGCGAGCAAAUAGUCGAAACUCCAGAUUUGCUAAAAGCUGAUCAUGAAAAACUAAAAAGAACAAAGAUGGAAACCAUAGAGAAAAAGAAAGCUACUUUGAACCAAAUCAAUGCAAUAAAACAAACGUUGAAGAUAUUGAAACAAGAAUUGGUUGCUCAAGAAAGUCGAUAUCGUUUGUUGUUCGAUCAAACUCAACAAAUUGCUUUUAUAACAGAAAAAGAAAAUGAAUUUGAUGAGUUAACUAAGAAUUUAAUCGAUCAUCGAGAAAAAUAUGAAAAUCUGGUAGAAAACAUUGAAAUGCUGAAUAAUGAACAUAACGAGAUGUUACACAAAAUCAAUGUCUUAAGUAUUGAAAUUGAAAAUGAAAAAUGUUCGAUAAAUAAUAAAAUUGGAGCUCUACAACUGGAACUAGACGAAAAGCUGAAAAAAAUGAAAAAUAUUAAUGAAUCCAUAAAAAAAAUAGCAAAUGAGAUAGACAUUUUUAGAUUGAAAGAGAGUGAGUUGCGACAAAUCGUAACUGAUAUUCUACGAGAUUUCAAUGAAUAUUCAAAUUUAAUUAUACAUAAACAAAACUGCUAUAAAGAAGAAUUGACAAAGAAAUUAAAAAAAUUAAUUUAAUAAUCUUGGUCACGUAUGGAAAUAGCGAUUAUUUGUAAUCUUUAUACACAACUCAGAAUUAUAUUUUAGUAGUUAUAUUUGUAUAGACAUUUUUUUAUUGAAUAUUUAUAAAAUAAAAUAAAUUAAAGCUUUGUGGUGGAAUCCUAUACAUACUUAUUUAUUUAUGUUUUACAAAAUCUAUAUAUUUAAAAAAGUACUUUUGUAAACACCAAAUAUGUGCUGGGUAGUCGGCCUUUUUUUUUAGUAUUCCGCAUUUAUCCGAUUCAUAAUUUUGUUUUAAACAUAAUCAUAAUUAAGUAUUUUAAAUAUAUUAUUAUUAGUCUUAUUGUUUGGUUUACUAAAUUAAGACCAUACUAGAAAAAAAUAUUCUUGCUCUUAU